AUGGCCCCGCCUCUGCCACUUCUAGAGUUGCCACCCGGUGCUCUUGCGCUCAUAUGCUCGCACCUGAGUGCGGGGCAGCGGGCUGCCACACGCGCGACCUGCUCGCGCCUGCGGCGCGCGGCCAACGCUGCUGUCCAGACGGUCGUGCUGGCGCUGUCGCCCGCGGACCCGCCAGGCAUGCCCGCGGUCCACGCGGCGUCCCUGCCCGUGUGGUUCCCCGCGGCGACGCGCUUGAUGCUGCGCGGCGCGGGCAGCGACGAACGCGCGGAGGCAGGCAUAGAGCACCUGCGGCACCUGCCGCACGGCUGCUGGGCUGCCAUCACUGAGCUCCUGAUCGACCACAAUCUCUGCCUGUCAGACGAACUGCGCGCCGCGGCGCUUGCGGCGGUAGUGCGCCUGUGUCCCCGGCUGGAGGCCGCCGAUGCCCGCGCGGUGCCGCAGCAGCUGCGCGCGCUCGCGCCCGUCGCCGGCAGACUGCGGCGGCUGAGGCUGGGGCUGCCGUCGCCGCCAGUGCCAGCCUUCGUGGCGGGGGCAUUCGCCGCGCUGCAGGAGGCUGUGUAUGACCCAGACGCAGAGGAAAGACCGCAGCGGCGCGACGUGUGUGCAGCCCUCUCCGCCCUCACAGGGCUGGUUGAGGUGUCACUACCAUCCAUGCGGCUGUCAAGCAUUGACUCGCCCAUGCUCAUCCUUGGCUGCUACGCAGCACUCCCCAGCCUGCCGUGUCUCGCGCGCGUCGACCUUAUAGGCGAGAGUUCCCGCCUGCUGCGGGCUCUAGCGGGAUGCGCUGCGCUCAGGCACAUCAACAUCAUCGGCGACUUUCAAAGGAUGCCUCCAGGCGACCUGCUGUCGGAGAUCGGCGUUGUGACCAGUGUCACCAGCUUUGAACUUUGGGAGGACUGGGACGACGCCCCGCAUGAGUUGAAGGAAAGCGAGUUCCUGAACAUAGCGUCGGCCUUUCCGAACCUCGAGUCCCUCGACCUGGGCCAAUGCCUCUUCGGCUGGGAUGCCAGCGGCUACUGCGCCGUGCUUCCGCGGCUGCGGCGCCUGCAGGCCGCCUGCUGUUACGGGCUGCUGGAGGGCGGCACGCUCAAGAGGGGGGCGCCGGCGCUCGAGUCCUUGCUCCUUGGCACCACGUUCGAGGUGGACCCGCGGGGCUCUUGGGAGGGCCACGCCUCGCUGCGCGAGCUGGCGCUGGAAGACGUGCCCUACUACCUCCCGCCGCCAAGGGCGCUGGCAGAGGGCGAGGAGAGCAGCGAGUCUGAUAGGUGGGACUUGCCAGAGCGCACUCGUCUGGUCGACCUGUGUGCCCUGCAGAAGCUGCCCGCGCUGCGCUCCUUGCGCGUGGGCCUCCGGACAGACCCCUUGUGGAAGCGCGUCGACCGCUCCAGCCUCGACGCCGGCGCAGCCAGCCUCCACGCCUGGGCUGGAGGGUGGACGAGGCUGCGGGAGCUGUCGAUCGGAGGCACGGCCCGCGGCGCAUCGCCCGGGGUGUGGUUCGAUAUCGGCGGUGUGCUGCCUGUCCUUGCGGAGCAGCUGGGGCCACACCUGCGCACGCUCGCUGUCGACCCCUGCUCUUUUGUUUGCGGUGCGUCGGAGUUUGAGUCGCUCCCGGCGUGCCUCCGCACCUGCAUCCCGCAAUUUCGUGUGCUGGAGCGCUUCCUGAUUUGCUUCAGCGCAACAGCAGGGUGUGUGUCAAUGGAGGGGCGUGUGUCAACAUCGCCAUUCUCAAUGCAUACAUGCGACUUCAAGGCCACGCCAGAGCUCCUUGAGGGCUUGGUGGCACCCCUAGCAGGGUCCCUGAGGCCGCCGCGCCUGCAGAGCGCCAAGGUGCUGCUGCCCAUUGAUUUUGAGGACCGCGGCGCGACGCAGGACGAGGCGUGGCUUGCCGCCUUCCUGCGCGCGCUCAAUGGGUACCCGGGGCUGCGCGUUGAAACGUACUCAGAAUUGUCUAGGGGGCAGAGAAGCAAGCUCACGCCCUGGCUCUAUAAUGACUGA